AUGAAAGUGCCGGCGAAGAAGCGAACUGCUGCAGACAAGGAGUCGUGGGCAGCAGCACAGAAGCUCGUGCAGUGGAGUGAUGCACGCUGGCGAGACCGGUUGCUGCAGCUUUUCGAGAUCAAGGACAUCGUGAAGAACGGCGGAGCUGCUUUCAAGCAGCAGCUCCUAGAGAUGCUCUCCACUUUGAAGGCCGACGCGAAAGCAGACCUGCAGAAGCUCGAAAAGAGUGUCCUUGAUUCUCUGGAGCUUCCCGCUGAGAGCAACAAGAAGACCAAGAAGGCCAAGGACGAGGAGGAGGACGUGCCUGGGAAGCCCUCCAUCUUCGAGAAGUAUCGAAAAUCGAAGACAAAGGCCAAUCCAGAUGACGAGAGCACAGAGUGUGACAAGAGCGAAGCCAAUGACUCUGAGAUGACACAGCAGCUCCGUGGCAAGGGUGCAGCCAACGACGAAGAGUCCUCGGACGACGACGGGAGUGCUCCCGGCCCGGGUGCUGUGGCUGAUUGCCGACGCCGGCUUUUCGAAGGAGAUGAUAACGAUUUGUUCGGCAACACGUUCCUUGCUGCUGUUUCGGAUGGCAAGGCUGGCAAGACUCCCAAGUCUAAGCCGGGCGACGAAGAGAAGAAGAAGACAAUGGGCGGUGACUUGGAAGAGAAAAUGGUGCAGCCGGAGCAGGGGCCGAAGGCCCUCGCUACUGGCUCGCAUGGAACGACUCCAUCCAAGGCGGCUGUGGUGCCGUAUGUGGACUCGGAGGCAGCUUUCAAGGUGCCAGCCCCGCCUGUCCUGAACACGGCCCAAGAGGUUGUCGAAGCUCCCGUCAACCUGGAGCUGGUGGAGAUGUUGUCCGACGUUGUCUCUGCCCACCUUCCUCGGGAGCAGGACACUGCUGCCUUCUUUGAUCUGUUGGCUGCCCUGGGCUGCACAGACCCACCGACUUUGCUGUCCAACCUGGACAAGUGGAUCGCUGCGAAUGGCGGCCAGACGGUACGCCAUGCCAACUUCUUCAUUGCCAAUUCCGGCUCCCGACAGAAGUUCCAGCGGCUGAGCUUCUCCCAAAAGCUGGCCGUUGCCAAUGCGAUCAAGACCAUCAUCGACGGCAAG